AUGUCGCACGCUGUAUUAAGGGGGUCUCCUACGGCAAGUCAGUUGUAUUUAGAUACAGUAUUAGAUACCACAAGGGAAAAUUUUAAAAAUGGUAACGAUAAAAAAGAAAGGUGUCAAGUUAAUCUAGCCGAGAUCAUAUUUUACUCGAUGAAACGAAAUAUGGAUGGCGUUUACAUGAUUAACGGUGCCAGUGGUGCAACAAUAUCUAACCGUCAAAUACUUAGCACAGCGCUGCCUUUAGCUCUCGCUAUAUCAUCAAAUUAUGAAGCAGGCACUGUUAUCAUGUUACUUAUGAGGAACCAUCAGUACAUGGCGGCUACGUAUUACGCAUCAAUCUUUGCAAAUGUUGUGCCGCUGCUUGUUGAUCCAAAUUCUACGGCAUGUGAGAUCCGCGAGUUCUUUGAUUUGGUUUAUCCAUGUGCGGUAUUCUGUGAUCAUGACAUAUAUAAUGACAUCAAACAAAUACUAAAUGAAAUGGGGCAUAGCGCAACAAAAAUUAUUAUAUCUGAUGACCCUAACAGUUUGAAGGCGUUCUGUAGACUUCACAGGCUUUCACAGGCGACGCCAGAAACGAACGCUUUGCUGAUGCUUACCAGUGGAUCGACCAGCAGUUCUAAAGCUACAAUCUUGAAACAUGGAGGUCUCGUGGCUCAUCUGCCGACCGUAUGGGUUCAUCAUAAUAGAUUUCCGAAGCCGGAAAAAUUGGCUCUUCUCCUGUCUUCAGCUCAAUGGAUGACGAAUACUGUUAUGAUGCUAACUUGCCCUGUAUACGGAGUGAGCUUAUUGAUGACACCCAAGAAGCCUACCGUACAACAUGUUCUUCAUAUAAUAGAGAAAUAUCGAGUGAGCGUCAUGGUUAUAUCAUAUAAAAUUAAAAUUAUUACUCUUUUCAAUUUGUCAAGAAUUCUCGGAAAAAUCGGUGAACAUACAUAAAACCAGUUAUUAUAAAAAAAAAACAAAUGUGACGAUCAGAUUCUGGAAAAGAAAUGACAUGGAACCACCUCGGGUCAUACUGUCUGAUAUAAAAAGAACUUUUAAAAUCGAUCAGCAAUUCGUGGAAAAGUCGGUGACCAUACAUAAAAAGGAAUAAAAUAAAAAAGAACAUACUUACAAUACAUGGCCGUCGUACAUAGAACCUCUGCUAUUUUGAUUUCGAAGUCAGUUAAAAACUGUUAUCUUUUGUCAUUUAAGCCCACCUGGACAUUACUUGUGCCGUCUCAUGCUAAAAUUCUGGCUGCAUCAGCGUCUCCGAGCCAACUAAGUUCUUUGAAGACUGUGAUAACCACGGGAGCUCUUCUAACUAAAAAUAUUGUCAUGUCGCUAAAGAUUGUCUCUGAGGACGGAAAAGAACUUGGCGCUCACGAAAAAGGAGAACUGUAUCUUAAAAGUGAUUUGUGCAUUAUUAAGGGUUACUACAAGAACCAAGACGCUUAUAUGGAAACAGUAACUACUCAUGGCUGGUACAAAACUGGUGAUAUUGUUUACAGAGAUGAAAAUGAAAAUAUUUAUUAUGUUGUCAAAAAAAAGUUUUGGAUCAUGUAUCAAAAUUAUUAUAUAGUACCGGAAGAUGUGGAAGAAGUGGUUAAUUCCGUGGAUGGGGUUCAACAGAGUGUAGUAUUCGAGACUACCAAUGGUCCAGCUGCUGCAGUGGUCUUGCAAGAAGAUAACGUUGAUAAAAAAGAUGAAAUAAAGGAAAAAAUACACCAAGCUGUUGAUUCUACACUCUGUGAUCACAAACGUCUACGUGGAGGAAUAGUGUUCGUCAACUCUAUACCGUGCACGCACAGCGGCAAGAUCAAGAGGAAUGAAUGUAAAAUAUUUGUAAAUACCAUCACACAAAACGGUACGCGUUGAUUUUGUUGGUUAAAAAACAAUUAACAAUUAAGCAUACAUAUAGCCAGUUGCACAAACAUCCAUUAAAAUUGUCAUUAGUUUAAGGCCACAUUACCCAUACAAAUUUGACAUUCAUUAGAAGCUAAAGGCGCCAUUAAACCUUAGUGGACGUUUGUGCAACUGACCGAUAGCUACAUUUUAGGGCUUCUUUUUUAUUGUAAAUUUUUUUAUUUUGGUAAUAAUUGUCAGUUUUUGAAAAAAGUAAAUUAA